AUGCAUUCUAGUUCCAAGACAAAUACUUCUUUUAAAGUGCCUGAAGAUGGCAAGGAGAUUCAACCCCAACUUUUGACAGAAAAACAAGAAAAGGAGGAAGACCCAUGUGUGAAACCCUUCGCGGGGAGAGGCGUGACCAACUCGGGGCGCGCGGGCAGGCGACUCCACGCGCGGCUUUUUUUCUCUCUCUCUCUCUCGCCGAGACUGGAGCCUCGGCGUCCAUCCUGCGGGCGCUGGUGCCGUCUCCUGUCUCGCCUUGCAAGCUUGUCGACCGACCAUGUUCCCAGAAAGCUGAUUGCAGCCGGGCAGCCGCGACGGCACUGCCGCCGCCAUCCCAGUGAGCUGGAAUUGGUAACGCGCCCCAAGUUGGUCCUGCGGGAGGCCGCUCCCCAGCAACCCAAAGAGGCGUCCGGCCCGGGCGGCGGCGGCGAUAGCGGCCUCGCUCCCAGCUUUACCCUCAUCUCGACCAGCAGCAGCAGCAGCAGCACCAGCUCUGACUCCCACAGCACCAUGGACCUCUCCUUCAUGGCCGCGCAGCUUCCAGUUAUGGGAGGAGUGUUUAUGGACUCGCCCAAUGAAGAAUUUAGCACGGAAUAUUCUUUGUUUAAUUCAUCUGCCAAUGUCUACACUGCUGCCUCAGUGCCAAACCAACCAGAAGAGCCAUCUCGUUCUUCAAAUGAUGCCAUUUUGUUAUGGAUUGCAAUUAUAGCCACAAUUGGGAACAUUGUAGUUGUUGGAGUUGUGUAUGCAUUUACAUUUUGAGAAGUAAAGAAGACAACUCUGGGAGACGAGAGUUGCUUUGCCAUCAUUCCUAAGAGCAGAUGUAUGUGUAUGUAUGUAACACUAUGUGCACAUACCUAUAUAAAAUGUAAAUCUUUAUACAUAUUGGUAGGUAGUUGUAAUUUCUUAUCUAAGGUCCCAAUUAACGGCAAGUGACAAAUAAAAUCAGCAAAAUACUCUUUACAAAAAAGACUUUUGUAAAUUAUGUGGAGAUGAAACAUAAUUUACACCAUAGCCAAUUAAAUAUGGAUCUAACAUGAAAGAUCAAUGCAUAUAAAUGGAAAAGUAGAUUUGCUCAUCAAGGGCUCUAUUGUAAAUCUAUAGGUUAUUUAAAUAACCUUUGGAUUAAACAUCGGAUACAUCUUUUUUCUGUUUUAUUUAUUUUUUUAGUUUAAGCCCCCCAGUUGUUAUAUUUCUACACAUUCUGUGUAAUUCUAUUGCUCUCUAAAGACACAGAGCAAAUGAAAUUUCAAUUUGUUUUGAAGUCUGCUAGGGAAAAAUGGUCAGGGUGUUUACUCUUAAGUAGUGCAGAGCCUCACAAGUGAAAUGUACAUUAUUCACAGAAAUUUCACAGAUGGAUAGAUUCCUAUUGUAAGCCAGAUUUAAUUUUUCAAAGCUUUCUCUCUGGGAGUAAAAAAAAAAUUGCGAGGAGUCCUAAAAAUAUCCACAUGUCCGAGUUUGAAAACAGCCCUAAGAGUUAGAAGUUCUCAGUUGUGGGAGACUGACUGGACAGGGCAAUUUUGAAAAAUGGAUGGAUUAAGAAUUUUUCCUUUCAAGUGUGUUGUAAUUUUCCUAUGUAUUUUUAAGCGGUUGGAAACCAAACUACUGAAUUUGAACUAUCCAGUUGGAAUAGGCUUGGAGGGCUUGAGAAAAGAAAUUUAGAGGUAACAAAUUGCAACUCCAAAAGUUAUCUCACCUCUACCUUAUGGUGCAAAUUAGGGCGUGCCAAUCUUUCUUAAGACUAAGAACCUUAUUGGAAGUAUUCUAUAACUGUAUGCUAUAAAAUAUGUUCUCCUU